AUGGCUCCAAGUUUCAUUUCCUUUGUUCUCCUUCUCCUGAGCUCUUCGUUUUUAAUAUCUGAAGCUCGUCCUCUGAAUGUUGCCGAGCCGCACGCCUUUGGCGACAAAGAGACUGAGGUCUUAUUUGAUGGUUUCUAUAUUAAAAGCGGAGGUCCUAGCCCUGGAGGAAAAGGGCACAAGUUUACUAAUGCUCAAAGUCUUGGAGGGAUCAAGAGCUCUGGUCCAUCAACUCCUGGUCAGGGACACUUUUACACCACUGGCUCUUCUCGAACUCUUGGAGGGAUUAAGCACUCUGGUCCAUCCACUCCUGGUCAGGGUCACUAUUACACCUCUAGUGCUCCUCGAACACUCGGAGGGAUCAAUCACUCGGGUCCAAGUCCUGGCCAGGGGAACUGCUACACUACUGGUGCUUCUCGAACAUAUGGAGAGAUCAAGCACUCUGGUCCAAGCCCUCGUGAUUGCUACCCCAUCACAAAAUAUAACAAAAUCUCUCCCUACAAGCUCUUAUAUAAUUUUCAACCAAUGGCUCUUAGUUCUGUUUCUCUCUUUCUUCUCCUACUCCUGAUCUCUUCGUUUUUAAUCUCUGAAGCUCGUCCUCUGAAUGUUGCCGAGUCACACGCCUUUGGCGACAAAGAGACUGAGGUUUUAUUUGAUGGGUUCUACAUUAAAAGUGGAGGUCCUAGCUCUGGAGGAAAAGGGCACCAGUUUCCUAGUGCUCAAAGUCUUGGAGGGAUCAAGAACUCUGGUCCAUCAACUCCUGGUCAGGGACACUUCUACACCACUGGUUCUUCUCGAACUCUUGGUGGGAUUAAGCACUCUGGUCCAUCCACUCCUGGUCAGGGUCACUAUUACGCCUCUAGUGCUCCUCGAACCCUCGGAGGGAUCAAGCACUCAGGUCCAAGUCCUGGCCAGGGGAACUAAUACACAGCUAGUGCUUCUCGAACGUACGGAGGGAUCCACCACUCUGGUCCGAGCCCUCAUGGUCCAGGAAACUGAGUGCUAUUAUUGUCGCCAGACGUACGAGAUGAUUCUUGAAAUACAUCAUGAUCUUCCUGCUAGUCAUUCAUUAUAAUUUUUUACUUUUAUAUUUUUUGAAAAAUAAGGGAAGAAUUUUAUUUGUUUAUUUGAUUUAUUGAUUUGUAUGAUCAGGAGCAAAAUAAUUAUAGAGAUAGAUGGUUAUU